AUGUCUUCUAUCCACCUCACUUUUUCUCACUUGUACCAUGUGCUGUGUCCCCAGGUGAAGCAGGCAGAGCGCAGUGAGGCGCCGGUCGCUGCCGCCAUGCCGUUCCCAUUUGGAAAAUCUCACAAAUCUCCUGCAGAUAUAGUGAAGAACCUGAAGGAGAGCAUGGCCGUGCUGGAAAAGCAAGACAUUUCUGACAAAAAAGCAGAAAAGGCUACAGAAGAAGUUUCCAAAAAUCUGGUUGCCAUGAAAGAAAUUCUGUAUGGCACAAAUGAAAAAGAGCCACAGACAGAAGCGGUGGCACAGCUCGCUCAAGAACUGUAUAAUAGUGGGCUCCUUAGCACCCUAGUAGCUGAUUUACAGCUCAUUGACUUUGAGGGCAAGAAAGACGUGGCUCAGAUUUUCAACAAUAUUCUCAGAAGACAAAUUGGUACAAGAACUCCUACUGUUGAAUACAUCUGCACCCAACAGAAUAUUUUGUUCAUGUUAUUGAAAGGAUAUGAGUCUCCAGAAAUAGCUCUGAAUUGUGGAAUAAUGUUGAGAGAAUGCAUCAGACAUGAGCCACUUGCAAAAAUCAUUUUGUGGUCAGAACAGUUUUAUGAUUUCUUCAGAUAUGUCGAAAUGUCAACAUUCGAUAUAGCUUCAGAUGCAUUUGCCACAUUCAAGGAUUUACUUACAAGACAUAAAUUGCUCAGCGCAGAAUUUUUGGAACAACAUUAUGAUAGAUUCUUCAGUGAAUAUGAGAAGUUACUUCAUUCAGAAAAUUAUGUGACAAAAAGACAGUCACUCAAGCUUCUCGGUGAGCUACUACUAGACAGACACAACUUCACAAUUAUGACAAAAUACAUCAGUAAACCUGAAAACCUCAAGUUAAUGAUGAACCUUCUACGAGACAAAAGCCGUAACAUCCAGUUUGAGGCCUUCCACGUUUUUAAGGUGUUUGUAGCCAAUCCUAACAAGACGCAGCCCAUCUUAGACAUCCUCCUCAAGAACCAGACCAAACUUAUAGAGUUCCUCAGCAAGUUCCAGAAUGACAGGACCGAGGAUGAACAGUUUAACGAUGAGAAGACCUAUUUAGUCAAACAGAUCAGGGAUUUGAAGAGACCAGCUCAGCAAGAAGCCUAA